GAUCAGAAUACAAAAAGACAUUUGUUGCAAUCUCUCUGGAUGUUUAAUUGCGAAAAUCGAAAGAUAGUAACAUCUGUCAAACGGCGCGUCUAACGUCAAGUGCGUCGCGGAAGACGCACCGACUUCGCAAACCGCAGACAUUUGAUAGCGGCGGCGAUAAAAACGGCCUGAUAACGGCCGAUGCUGAAUCGUGCGUCUCGUGUGAGAUGUUCGCGACUUUUUCUUCUGGCACGGCGAGGAAGCGUUCACGAGCAUGUCGAAAUUGGGCACGUACGAGCUCACGCAUCCGGAGUCGUUGUCAGAGCAUCAACUCCGCGAGAUCUUGAAGAAUAAUUGCAUUGAGAUUCUCAAUUUUGAGAAAUUAUGUAAAAGUGAAUUAUUAGAAAUGUAUAGACGAGUUGCAAUGCCUUUACCUCAACGACAAAGAAAUGCUAAGAUCUUAAAUACAGAGGUAAAUGUAAUAUCGGAUAAAUCUACAGUUAAAAGUAGUAAUGAUAUGCAUAGCUUAGCUGCAGACUUAAACAAAGGAACUAAAAGGAUGUUAUCUCAGACAGACAGAAAGCUUUCUGUUAAUGAUCCAAAAUCAGUGCAUAAGAAAAAUCAGUUGUAUUCUGCGUCAAAAGUAGAAACUACUUACAAUGGGAUUAACAAACGUAGAUGCAACGAACAAAAUGAGGAAUCAAUAAUGAAAAAACGUCAGAAGAUUACAUGGCCAUAGAUAAUAAUCUGUUUCUUUUUAUUUGUUACUAGAAAUUAAAUUUUAAAUAUCAGUAGUAGAAUUCUACAAAUGAGGAAUGUAUGAGGAAAGUAUAUGAAUGAUGACAAAUGUGUUAUUUAUAAAAUAUUCUUGUAAAGAAUAUCUUACUUAACAUGUUGAUUCAUGUGGUAAUGUGAUUGAAUGAGUUGAUAGAGAUAUUGAGGUUAUUGAUAAUUUUAUCACAUAAUUACUUAAUAUUUUAAUGAUAUAUUAAUGACACUGUUGUGAUUCUGUGCAAAGUUUGACAUUAUGCAUAUAUGCAUAUAAUAUACGCACACAUUCAGACAAAUAAUACACAUGAACAAAUAGUGGCUAUUAGUGGUUAUUAGUGGCUUGAUUUUUCUGUGUUUCACAUUUGUGAAACUUAGACAUUUUAUGUUUAUACAAAUUUUAUCAAGGAAAUUUACUUUUUACGACAAAUUAUGGAAUUAUUAGAUUUGGCAGCUGAUAAUAAUAAACUUUAUUAUCAUGUUUAAUAUAUGUAUUUGUAUCAUUGAUAUGUAAUACUUCUUACUCGAGCAAUUAGACAAAUUGUACAUAUACUAUACAAAUUUCGAUUUAAACAUUAAAUCAAUAGUAUUUCGAGAUAAACAAAUUGACAGAGAUAUUUUACUUAAGGUAAUUUUAUUUUCUUGCAAUAUAGAUAAAUAAUGC